AUGAGCUGCAAUGGCUGCAGGGUCCUGCGUAAAGGUUGCAAUGAUAACUGUACCAUUAGACCUUGUCUUCAAUGGAUCAAAUCCACUGAUUCUCAAGCCAAUGCCACUCUCUUCUUGGCCAAGUUCUAUGGUCGUGCUGGCCUCAUCAACCUCAUUGAAGCCGCGCCCCAACGACUCCGCCCAGCUAUAUUUAGUUCAUUGCUAUAUGAGGCGUGUGGCAGGAUAGUGAAUCCGGUCUAUGGGUCAGUUGGCAUGCUUUGGUCAGGUAACUGGGUCCAGUGCCAAGCAGCCGUUGAUGCAGUGCUCAAAGGGUUACCCAUCAUAUCAAUUCCUUCUUCUGAUGUACCAGCACCACACUUGAUCUCUUCCCUCAACACCUACGACAUUCGCCACGUGUCCAGGGACCAAAAUUCCCCCGAACUCAACAAAGUCAAGAGCAGAACCCGGUGCAAGCGGUCCAUUGGCACCAGGCCCAAUUCACUGGCUGAGCCAACGGGCCGGCUUAACCAGGGAGAGUUGGGAUUUGAACCGGUUCGUGAGUCGUGGCUUGGUCAUUUGGGAAACGGGGAUAGUCGUAUCAAAAAUGAGGAUAGCAUAUUCGCUGCUGAAACUGUGGAGGAUUCUUUGUGGAGUCGGGUUGAGCCAGACCAGGUCUUCAAAUUUAAUGGACAAAGUGAUGAUAGUGAUCUUAGUUUGGAACUGACUCUUGCUUUGGUUUCGGAGUAAAGCACCAAAUUAAUUGAGUUGAGCAUGCAGGUGUGCUAGCUAAUUUAUCUUCAUGAGAUCAUGCAUGGUGAAGCAAUUUUGACGACUCAAACGGAUAGCAAAUCACUUUUACAUGCUCUUCUUUUGCUAGCAAUUACCGUGUAUAUAUGCAUGCAUGUGUGUGUGUGUGUGUGUUGGGAUAAUUUAGUUUCUUUUUUCUUGAAAAAAAUCCGAAAAACUCCCCCUCGAUCUAUUGUUAAGUGGUUGUAUGGGUGGGUCAUGGGUGUGUUUUUAUGGAGGAAAAAGGCAUAUAUA